AUGCCUGAAAUGAUUGAGAGAUUACGAACACUUAGAGAUUACGAACACUUCGGAGACGUGAUCAAACACGUGGGAAGAGAUCCUAUUCUCUUAGUAGCAGCAGCUAUCAGACGAAAAUUGCGUUUUAACGCAAAGUUUGCGAAUAUUGUCAAGAUCGCGGCAGUACUCUUCGUAGCCAAAUUACGACUGUCCGAUGACGAUAGCCUUGAAGACGGCCUUCCACCUCGCAAUACUUACGAGACCAGGAUUCCGGCUGACCCACUGGACGAGGGGUUGGACUUAUAUCGCCAGCGUCUUCAUGAGAAAGACUUUAAAAGAUAUCAUGGUAACUACAGAGGCUAUAAACGUGCCCCUCACUUAUCUACUUAG